CAGCAACGUUGUCGGUCGUGGUCAAAUUUAGCCAAGUGACCGACGUGGCAACGAGAGCGAGAACAACUUUGUCGUAGAGAUUUUUCAUGUUGUCCUAGUAGAUGUUUUUCAUGUUGCUUGCAAGACAAAUCCUCACUCUUCAUCUUAAAGGAUGCUUGAUGCUUCAAUGACAAGAGGCGAGGUUCCUAGAAUUUCAAUUUGUAUCUGAGCAUAAGUUCGUACACUUCCUUGAAAGUACAUCCGUACAUAGGAGUACUAUUAAAGGAUCGAUCCGUUUCCACGACGGAAAGUUAUAGUACCAAGAAUGGCUUCGUCAACAUCAUUGUUCCUACAACAUCAUUUGGUUCCGCGGAUGCCAUCAAGGGCAACGUCAAUUAUGGGUCAUCUUUGCGUUCGAGAACCAUCACGAUGGGCAUGGAUUGCUAUCAAGAACACUAAACAUGUUGGCGAGCCAUCAAGAACAAUUAAUCUGGGUCGCCUUCGUUUCUCAAGAAAGGCUUCAUCACUCCAUGGAGUUGCGUUGUCCUCGUAUCCUCGUGACUUCUCAUCCUCGUCUGCAGUCAUAGCGCAGUCCAAAGCAGGCAGAGAAGGCGGAGGGGCGUCGAAGGAAGACUAUGUUGGAGGAGCAAUUAUGGGUAAGAGAAGAUUAGUUUUGACUCAAAAUUUUUUUCCUGUUGAGUUGGUUCCCGAGAAGAGAAGUAAAGAACUCUUUAUGGUCCUCCUUGGCACUCCAGCGCUAAGAUCCAAAGUAUCGUCAAUGCCGAUACAAGGAAAAACAGUGGCACUCGUGUUGUGGACGUUUGCGAAAAAAGUGAUCAAUCCGGAAGAAAUAAAGUCGAUCUACUUCAGCAUGGUGCCAAAGACCAUGACCAUGACCUCCAUGAUGUUAAUUAAGGCUCAGCUUUCAGUGGUCAUUGGGGUUGGUCACUGAGAUCCCUCUUGAGGAAAGAUGGGGGGGAAAAUGAAGGAAAAGCAAAGGGAGAGGCAUGGGGCCCAUUUCUUUCAGAGUCAGUGACCAUUGAAUGCUGAGCUUUAAGUUAAAGAGCAAGAUGUACAUUUAGAAGUUCAGCAAGGUUUCAUCACCUAUUGGGCUAUCGAUAGAAACUAUGGCUUCAUCAAACCGGACAACGCUCUCCCUUCAACGAGUCGUGGCGACCCGUUCCGUCUGAUCUUUCAUUUCAGACAUGUCGUGCGAAAGCAACUUACUAUGGCGAGUCAGUACUCUUGUAGCUGUACAGCUUUUAAUGUUACGUAGCGGUAGCCCAACUUGAUUUUUGAAUGGUGAAUAAUAUUAUGAGCUGUUGAGGGUCACCGAGGAUUUCAUCAUGUCCUUCGACGGCAAUUACAAUUUAAGUCUAACUGCGUACUUAUAUCUCCCUUGUCCUUCAGAGUACCUCUCCAACUUUUGCUCUUCUACCUCUACAACUUUUACCUAAUGAACUACGCACUUUUUUAGUAGGAUAAGGACUACGCACUUUUUUAGUAGGAUAAGUAGGUUGGUUGCCAUAAUUAUACCAGGUAUCUACAGGGGGCGCUUAUCUAAUUUCCAACAGUUACAGGCUGGGGACAGGAUACAGUUCAAGCUGGAGCCGAACCCGGUACGGCCAGGCGAAUAUGAAGCCAGAGAGGUCGCUAAAGUUGGGACAGUUUCACCUAGCAACGGCAAAAGAACAGGAGGAUUCACGGAAGUCAUGAACCAAGAAGAAGAAGGAGAGAAGAAUGCGCCAGCGGGUACAAGCAGUUCGCAUCAUGCAUCGUCUGUUACAUUUGUUCAAGAAAGUCGUGUGUCGAAUACACCAGCUGGAAACGCAGACACGAGAAGGAGAAGUGAUGCAUCAAGAGCCCAAGAAGGGGGUAAGGAAAUCACUUAUGUGAACACGCUGCGCGAAGGGCGAAGAAGCUUCGUUGUGAAAGACCCGAUACCUGGCGCCACGUAUUACGGCUUCGUUCAGGGGCGCAUUCUUUCCAAGGCAUACGUUAAGGCAGGAGGGCUUUCAUCCUCAUCACUCAUUAGAAGGACUCCUAGUACUGAAAGCUGAGUUUCUUGUAUCUAAUUCUAAGCUUUUGCCUCAGAAAAUUAAUAAAGAACGGAAGAGCCAUCGGCAUCGGCUCUAACCUCUGCUUCAUACGACCAGACGACGCUGUGCCUUCAGCUGAAGGGGAGCACUACCGCGUUAUCUUCCCCUUCAAGCAUCUUGUAGACGAGCGCCUACCAAUCAUCGGUGACCGCGUGGCGUUUCAGCUUCAACAAAAUCCUAUCAUUACGAAAUUUAUUAUAGGAUAAAUCAAUUGAGGACAAUAUGCAACUGGAAAGGAGUAGAUCGUCUCAUUCCGCAACUGCAACUUUUUGCAUAUCAGCCUUUUUUCUCAAGAAAAUAUUAGCCUUUCUUUCCGACUUCCAUCUUUUUUAGGCUAGUAGUUCAGUCGCGUGGAGCAGGUCCCCCGUCUAAUGCUAGACCGAGCGAAUUCGAAGCUGUGGCCGUUACUGGUGGCACCGGAAGGAUAUGGACUCCAUAUGAGCCCAAGGAUGGGCGUCUAAAUGAUGUCAUUCGACGCCUCAAGCAAGAACAACAUUAAGGGUGAGUAUCAAGGGUAAGUAAAUUGUCCGCAUCAAGCAAGACCCAGCAUCAAGGGUAAACUGUCCAAGAAUAUCAAGUGUAAACUGUCCGCAUCAUUCAUUCAUUCAUUCAUUCAACAUCCAGAAGAACCAACAGGCUCAAAGAAAUGAAUUUGGUGCUUCUCGGAAUGUUGUACUUUCUUUUGCAAGACAUGCAUUCAGUUGAAUUACAAGCUGCUGAAGCUACAAUCAAAAAAAAUUGACAGUGAGUUCUGGCUGCAUGAACGUAUGAGAGGCACCAGAAGAUAGCACCAUUGGAGUACAGAAUUUUUGGGCGGAGGUUCUGGC